AUGGUCGAUCUCGGCGAGGAGAUAGCGAUCGGCGGCAUCUUCCUCUACCAGACGGCGGACUUGGGCGGCUUCUCCCGAGCGGUCGGACUGUACGCCGAGAUCUUGGACGCGUCGCAGAAUACGGUGCUCACCACGGCGGCGGUGCAAGAUUCACGGGCCGGUUACCUGUUGGACUUCUCAUCAACGCGGCCAAAUUAUCAACGCGGCCGAGUCACGAUUGGACAAGACCAUCUUUGUGCGUUCAUGAACGACGGGUCGGUUCAAUGCUGGGGGCGCAACGCGAAGGGUCAGCUCGGAGAUGGCACCACCGCUGAUAGCUUGAACCCGGUAGUGGUUCAAGGAAUCACAAACGCCUUGUCUGUUGACACGGGUGCAGGUCGGACACACCAGUGCGCACUACUGAUGGACGGCUCGGUGAAAUGUUGGGGUGGGAAUUACUACGGGACGAUCGGCGAUGGAACUUACGACUGGUACUUUGGCAAAUUGCAACCCACGGCGGUAGUAGAAAAAACAAGCGGCGACCUUAUCACAGACGCGGUGGCAAUCUCUGUCGCCGAUUACCACUCGUGUGUCGUUCGUCGUCAGGGCAAUCUGUCUGUGUGGUGCUGGGGAUGGAAUGGCAGUGGGCAGCACGGGGAUGGGUCCCGAAGCCAUAAUUACGCUGCCGUUAAGAUGUUGGGAAUAUCGAAUGCGAGAAGUGUGGCUGUGGGCUAUGCUCAUACGUGUGUUCUUCUUCAGGAUGGAUUUGUAAAGUGCUUGGGAUAUAACGCAAAAGGACAGCUCGGCGAUGGUUCCUACGUCGAGGACAGCACAACCGCCUCUCAGGUAGUCGGCGUCACGAACGCGACAAACAUCGCCUCAGGUUACUGGCACGCGUGCGCUUUACUUGGUGACGGGAAUGUGACGUGUUGGGGCAAUAAUGCAAACGGACAGCUCGGUAACGGAGCAACAGGCGACAGGUCAGCUGCGGUACAAGUGCUCGGUAUCACGUCGGCGAUGAGUAUCGCUUUAGGUCAUCAUCACUCUUGCGCGCUCCUGAGGAGCGGGGUGAUAAAAUGUUGGGGCAAGAAUGCCAAUGGCCAGCUCGGAGACGGGACCAUGGAUGACAGAUCAUCUCCG